UGGGGUUUGCAAUUUCAAAAUCUUGAAGAUCCCAUUUCCCAUGGCGAAAGUAGUACAACGGUAAAGGUGCUAAACCAGAAAGCGUGCAAGAGAUCUGUGAUAUGGGACCAAAAAAAGUUAGCAUGAGAAAGUGAAUAAGAAAAAAUCUCAUUGCAAGAUUUCUUCGCUGUCGGGAAAAAAUACUUCCCAAAACAGACAAGAAAUCAAGUAAAGCAAAGGACCCAUUUCCCAGUUCAUCAGUUCAAUGAACCAAAUUGGUUUUCGACAGAAAUCAGGAGAAAGCAAGAGAAAUUUUGUGUUCAUUUCUCUUUUUCAAGACUUGCCGUCUUGCAAAAGUUUAAGGUAGCAGCUUGAUGAGGAACUGGUUACUUGGUUUUCUGGUUACGAGGUUAUUCUUAUGAGUAUGGAUAAAGUAUUGCCAGACUGUCCUUAUCCCGGAUGCUUCUUCUGUGUAAUGAAAGAAGCAAACCCGAGCAAGCGCAGAGCAAGUGUAUUAAAAUUCUUUCGAGAGCUUCCUUCCCAGGAGGAUGAUGGUCAAGUUCUUCCUAUUAGUGGUCUUUGGAAUACUGCAAUGGCGCAUCCUAAUGAUCCUGAGUUCAUUGAGCUGGGAAUUUUUGAAUGCAUGGCAGCACUCAUCUGGAAGGGCUUAAAGAACCGCCGAUGGUUAUCUCAUGACCAAAAUAUAUAUAUUCCUUAUUAUGCAGCGCAUAUAAUUGGAUCGUACACUAUGAAUAUGGAAGAAUUUGCUGAGAUGGCAGUGCAUGUCGGGGUUAUCCCGGCAUUGGUUGAACUUCUUAGAGGAAGGUUAACUUGGGUCGAGCAGAGAGUGGCUGUACGAGCUCUAGGUCAUUUAGCUACAUAUGCUAGCACGUUUCCUGCCGUAGCAAGCCAUGGUGAGAUCUUGGAGCUCUCGAUGCAGCUGGCAAUGAGUGCACUAGAAAUCGUUUACUCUCAUUUUUACCAGUAUGUUGACAGGAGGCUUAGUUAUCACUGUGAUCUUCUUACGCGAGGCAUGGGUGGUGUUGAAUUGGAGUCGAGGAAAGCUGAAGAAUGGGCCAGUCAACUGCAGUGCUGGUCUCUUCAACUCAUCAAUUGCUUUGCUUUCAAGCCUGAAUUUCUUCCGACUAUAUGCAAACCGGAAUUUUUGGUAAAGCUUCCCGGUAUGUGGGGUGGACUAGUUAAUGAAAAUUCACCUUCUGGUAUUGGAUUGUUACGGACAAUUUGCCAUCAUAAGCUUGGUAGGGGUCCAGUCGCUAGCUGUCCUGAAAUUAUAGAGUCCUUGUGUAAUAUAGCACGGUCAUCAGAUGAUUGGCAAUAUAUGGCGAUCGACUGUCUUAUUUGGUUACUCCAAGAUACAAGUACCUCUCACAAGGUAAUUGAUAAGGCAGUACCUGUACUAAUUGACCUUGCUGAAAUAACUACAUUAGGGGAUCAUAAGAAGCUCGGUGAUUCGAUUAUUAACGUUCUUCAAGAAUGUAUUCAAUCACCUGGAACAGGCCGCAAUUCAGUCAGUAGCCGAACAAGAGAACAGGUUGAGGAACUCCUUAGCUCUCGAGAAAGAUUAAAAUGGGAAAAGAAUAUGCCGAAAGAGGAUCUGCACAUCAAACAGGCGGCUGCUUUAGUGGUAAAACUAGAAGGGAAUUCUUUGUUUUCUUCAGGAGAUAUAUCUGGUGCUGCUUUGAAGUAUUCAGAAGCAUUAGCUUUGUGCCCAAUGAGAUCAAAGAAAGAAAGGACAGUGUUGUACAGUAAUCGAGCUCAGUGUCAUCUUCUACUGCAACAACCCUUGGCUGCUAUUAGUGACACUACACACGCACUUUGUCUUCACAACCCAAUUAAUCGUCAUGCCAAAAGCCUGUGGAGACGAGCGCAAGCCUAUGACAUGCUCGGAUUAGCCAAGGAGAGCCUGUUAGAUGCUAUUCUGUACAUAAAUGAGUGUUCCCAAUCAACUGAUCCUGAUCUAUCCUCUAGACAAAACAAGGUUCCUGAGUACGUUGAGCGUUUCAUCAAGAAACAGAUGCAUGCCGCCUGGUUAUUUAGAGAGGCUGCCGUUAAACAUGGAGGGGUCCACUGUGAAGGUGAUGCUGGAGGUAUUUGCAGCCAAGAGACCGAUGAUUCUGAAUGGGAAACGGCAAGUGAAAGUGAUAUAGGAGAUGACGGAAAUGAUGAGGUGGGUGAAGCUCGUGAAUGGAAGAACAAUACUGAACGGAAAGAUAGGCGCAAUAAAGCUUCAAAUAAAGACAUGAAGCAAGGUUACGGUUUGCAGCUUGCUGAGGACGAUGAAGCAUAAAUCCAGAGACGGCUGCGAGUUGCGUAAGCAUUCGUCCCAAGUUUCAAACGUCACCUUACUGGAGCUGGUUUGCAUUGUGAAGCGAAGAUUCGUUUAGAAUCCGAAGAUCAUAGCAUUGGAUCACAGUAAAUGUUCUUUCUUCUUUCAAUUUUUCGUAUGUUUGCAUCAUUUUUCACUAAUAUAGUUCUAGUCAGGGAACUGAUGAUGGUCUGUUUAUUAUGUAAUUAUGUAUUUCGUAGUUAUUCUUUUGUCUCAUCCAUAUAUUUCUGUGUAUAGAUUUGGUUCCCUUGGGACAACUUGAGGAGAUUUUCUGCUUUGAAUGAGUGGUUUUGUUUCUUCACCAA